AUGGCUUCCCGGGCCCUUAUUCCCUUUCUUGUCGGCAUGAUGCUGUUGACAGGCGUCUGCAAUACCCUUCUCACAAAGUAUCAGGAUAUGCAAUGCGUCCGCAACUGCGAUGCGAAGGACCCCACGAAACGGGCAUACUUUAACCAACCUGUACUGCAGACAGCACAGAUGUUUGUUGGAGAGAUGGGUUGUUGGCUGGUCAUCGGUUUGAUGAACCUGUAUCGUCGCUAUGGACCCGGAGCGAACCCCACGGCUAACGGCUACGAGGCCGUCAACCCGAAUGAUGCCGAUAAUGCAGAUGCUCCUCUUGUCGGCAACGUGGACGGACGCCCGAAGCCUCAAGAAGAGGAAAGCGGUGCUAUUCUGCGCGGGCCUCGUAUUUUGCUAUUGGCGCUCCCAGCCAUCUGCGAUAUUCUCGGUACAACGCUGAUGAACAUUGGUCUUUUGUUGGUUGCGGCCUCCAUCUACCAAAUGACUCGCGGCGCCCUCGUUCUCUUCGUCGGGGUGUUCAGCGUCAUUUUCCUCAAGCGUAGACUUUUUUUGUUCCAAUGGCUGUCCCUCGUCGGCGUUGUCACGGGCGUCGCAAUCGUUGGAUUGGCUGGUGCCAUCUACCAUGAGAACACGAACGAGGCUGACGUCGAAGAAGGCUCCCCCGAGUCCAAUGCCUUGUUGACGGUUGUGGGUGUUCUCCUCAUUGCCGGCGCGCAGAUCUUCACUGCGACACAGUUCGUUUUGGAGGAAUGGAUUCUGGAAAGGUCAUCCAUCGAACCUAUCCGUGUCGUUGGAUUCGAAGGUCUUUUCGGCUUUACUGUCACAGUCAUUGGCAUGAUUGUCUUGCAUCUAGCUAUCGGGAAAACCGAUGCUGGACGCUACGGAUACUUCGACAUGGCCGAGGGCUGGAGGCAACUUACGCAGAACAGAGCCAUCGGGAUUUCCAGCAUCCUGAUCAUGAUCAGUAUCGGUGGUUUCAACUUCUUUGGUCUCUCCGUCACCAGAAGCGUCAGCGCUACCUCGAGAUCUACGAUCGAUACGUGCAGAACUCUCUUCAUCUGGAUCGUCUCCCUCGGGCUCCGUUGGGAGACCUUUAAGUGGCUGCAAGUCGUUGGAUUUGGCCUGCUUGUCUACUUUACCUUCCUCUUCAACGGAAUUGUGCAACCCCCUUUCCAAUUUCUUGUCCCUGACGAAGAGGUGGAGGAACUACUUCCGGAAGAACCCAUCGAACACCAGUGA